AUGUUGGUGGUCAUGUGGUCGUUAUUUAUAACAAUAACAACAAUAUAUUUUGUGUCGGUAAAACGUCUAUCAUUCGUUUAUUUCAUGUUAAAAUUAAUCAUUUGUAGUUCAUUAUCAUAUUCUAUUAAUGAUAUUCGAUAUCGUCUAAGUGAUCGUGUAUUAAGUAUUCCAAAAAUAGGUACAUUACGCGGAUUAUUAAUUGAGUACGAUAUUAAACCAUAUAAUGUCAACUAUAGUCUAAUUAAUGUUGAAGCAUUUCUGGGUAUACAAUAUGGUAUUUAUAGUGGAAGAUUCGAACCAUCAAAGGAAAAAAUAGAAAUACAUCGACAACAAAAUCCAACAGUUGAAAAAAUGAUUCAUUUUGGUCCCGUUUGUCCACAACGUUUAUGGAAUAAUGAUAGUGAAUUAGAAAAAUAUCGUUCAAAAACAUUUAUUAAAUAUUAUUAUAAAAAUUUAUUAAAAUUUAUUCAAAAUCAAAAUGAAGAUAAUUGUCUCUAUAUGAAUAUAUACCAACCUCAAGUUCAACAUUCAAAAGAGUUAUUACCAGUCUUAUUAUUUAUUCAUGGUGAUGGUUUCGAUAUGGGUACGGGCAAUGCUUUUGAUGGCUCAAUAUUUGCCAGUUAUACAAAAACGAUUGUGGUUACAAUUAAUUUCAGAUUAGGACCUUUUGGUUUUCUUUAUAUCAGCCAUGAGAACAAAGGUGAUUAUGGACUAAUGGACAUUUAUACGGCUCUUCAUUGGUUAAAAGGAAAUAUUGAACAUUUUAAUGGAGAUUCAAAUCGUAUCACAUUGUAUGGAACCGGUACUGGUGCUGUUCUUUCUAGUUUAGUUGUUAUGCUCGAAACAGUGAAUGGUGGAACAGGCACAACGAAACGGCGAAAACCACUUGUUAGACGUUUAAUUUUAAACGAUGCUACUUUUCUUUCACCAUUGAUGACAUCAUCAAUAGAUCCAUUUACUACAACUAUUCGUGAUCCAACACACUAUACAUCAAAUUUUUUCAAUACACUCAAUUGCACACAUAAUUUAUCUUCACGCGACAUCUAUUCAUGUUUAACAAACAAAACACGGCUGUCAACAUCCACUCUACUCUCAAUAAAUACGUAUGUUAAUAAAUAUUAUAAUUAUCUGAAUCCAUUGGAAGAACCAUUUCCAUUUUUUUCCAAUGGACAUUUACGUCAUCGUUUUUUCCAACAAACAAAUACUCUUUUACCAGAAAAAUUUGAUGUUCUCAUCACAAUGUUCUCAUCAUCAUUAUCGCAAAUAAGUAGUAGUGAUUCUACACAAUUACAAACAUUUAUUGAAAAUAUGUAUACGGUAUCAAAACAUACAAUUCAUUAUUUAAUUAAAUACGCAUAUUCUAUAUGGAAUGAUAAACUUAAAAAAUUUGAAUUUAAUUUCAAUAAAUUUUCUUAUCAUCAAACAAUUGUUGCUCCACUUUUACAAUAUAUUGAAAAAUUAUCAAAAAAUACACAUACAAUAGAAUGGCAAAUAAAAUCUAAUAGUCUCAAUUAUGAGUCAGAAUUACCUUAUACGUUUGGUUACAUGUUAGCACCAUCGAUGAGUGUUUAUAACAAUUCAUAUCUAUAUGCAAAUGAAAAUGAUCGCAUUAAAAAUAGUAAGAUUUAUCAAAAACAUGGUCAUUAUGCAAGUGUUCAUUAUUUAUUUAAUCAUCUAAUAACAUCGUUAUCAUCAUAUUCAUCCUCAAUGAUAAAUGAAAAUGUAGACUAUGAAUUGUUACGAGCAUGGAAAACGUUAUAUGAAGUCGCAAAUGUCGAUAACUAUACGACAAAUACGAAAAAUAUAAUAACAAAGACAAAUAAUAAGAAGGAUCACCAUUAUGAUUAUCUUUCGUCUCAAAAACAGUCGCUAUUUUUAACGGAUCAAUCAAUUUGGACAUUUAACACAAAAUUACUCGUACUAUUAGCUCUUACUGGUACAAUGUUAUUUCUCAUUAAUGUAGCACUGUGUUUUUUAUUAAUUACAAAACGAUACGUAACAGAUCAUCAUCUUAAGAAAAAAGACUAUCAACAUUUGAACGGGCAUACACCUGUUACAAUAGCAAAAAAGGCAGAUACUUAUGUUUCAUCUUCAUCGCCUAGCAGCAUAAACAGUAAUGGAACAGAUCCACAUAUCCUUGAAAUGAUACCAGCUCCAUGUAUCACGUCCUAUUCUGCGACCUCGACCAAUACAUCUUCUAUUGAUCCAUUGAUUAAAACAACAAAUAAUUUAAACUCUAAUAUAAAUACAAUGAUAAAUAUUUUACAACCGGUGAACGUUAUGAACAAAAAAGGUGGCACCAUGAAAUAUAUGGAUAAAAAACAACAGCGAUGUUUGGCGGAAGCAAUUGUGUAA